AUGAACAGGAUUCCCGUUUGCGAGGUGAUCGACCAGCGUCCGUUGGCUGACAACGAUGAGACGCCGCCGCCGUCUUCCGUGUUUCGACCGCUGAUCGGAGACGAGUGCUCCGUCGCGCUGACGGACGUGUGGCUGCAGGCACCGUUGACUGACUGCGGCCCGUCCACGUCCAAGUGGUUCGACGGGACUGACCGCGCGCUUGUGUUUGUGCUCGGCGAAGCGGACUGCGUGGUGGACAGGGGCCUGGAAGCGGUAGUGGCCGGUAUGCGACCGGGUGAGCUCCGGGAGUUUUGCGUGGGUGAUGGACGUGGUGGCCGCGUUAAUGGCCGCGUCCGGUUGUCGGCCGUGCGAAAGGCGGCUGGCGGAGCUGGCUGGCGCGGCGACGACAGGCUGAAACUGACGGAGGCCGCCCGGCACAAGGAUGUGGGCAAUCGUCUGUACGGACAGGGCCGGUUCGCGGACGCGUUUCACCGGUUCAACCGGGCGGCCAGGGCGGUGUUGUUCGUCCGUAACGUGGAUGCUGUCCGCGACGACCGGGACGCCAUGUAUGCGGUAGUGUGCAACAACAUGGCCGCCUGCCAGUUGCGGUUGGGCAACUACGAGCACGCCCGCCAGCUGUCCGGCAAGGCGCUGGCCGUCGAGCCGAGCAACGUCAAGGCCCUGGUUCGCCGGUGUCAGGCGUCCGCCGAGCUCCGCAUGUUCGACGGCGCCCUGGUCGACGCGGUCCGUGCCCUGAACAUUGAACCCGGCAACGCGGUGGCCGAACGUUACCGGGACGUGGCCGCGCGCGGUGUGGACGCCCAGAACGCCCGUUACGGUGACAUGGUCAAGAAGAUGUUUGCCUGA